ACGCACAGUUAACUGCCGUCUUCCGUUCGGACCGGUUCGCGGGUACGUUCGUCGCUUAAUCGCGCACCGCAGGGUAUCAUCCCUACUAGUUAAUGGGUGCCCUUGGUGUCGUUGUUUAGUUUUGUGUUAUUUUUUUGUGUUUCCCUUUUUUUUUUUGCUCAAAUUGCAUAAGUGGCACAACAAGGUGUGUGUUGAGCACAGCAAAACAACCGUGUGUGUGUGGUAAAUUUGGUGCUUAAUUUUGUGAGGCAAAUGAGUUGAUUUUCAAAUAACAUACCGAGCGAGUGUUUGACAAGUGUGGCGGAAAGAAAACAUCGUUGGUGUGAAUAAAAAGUGCUGUGUGAUUGGAAUUAUUGAAGCUUCAAGCGAAUAAUACAUACACACAAAAAAAGAAGAAAAUUUGUACAAGUGAAGUUUGUUGCAGUUGUUGUGUAGAGCUCAUCCAAUUGUGGCAAGAGAAAAACCAACCGUGUUCCCCCUUUUUCAUACAGCGUCCAUUUGGCCCAGUGAUCAGUGCUCGCGGCCCAUCAAGCCCCUGCAACAACGGGCCACAAAGCCAUGCUUACCAGGCGAACGGCACGAAAAUGAAUCCCGUACCACCCGCGGACCCGUAGCAGUGACCUGUUGUGUGUAUAGGGUGGCACGACCCAACUCAGGGAUCCAGUUUCGUGUGCUCAGGUUUGGGCCAGACCGACAGUUCAGGAUCGAGCAGGAAUGGUCGUCGGCGGCUCAGCGUAAACCAUGAAGCCCAUCACGUUCGAAUCCAUCCGCAACCUGCUGAAGACGAAGAAGAAGCAGAAAGACAAAUCGAACAUCGAUCAAAGCUUCAAGCGGAGCGACUCGUUCAAGCGCAUCAGCAUCCGGAAGAGCUACCUCGAGCGUGGUCGCAAGCGGAAUGCGGCGGCGGUCCUGCGCGGCUCCACCAAAAAUCUCGUCAACAUCAACGAGUUCGAGGAUCAGGCGAAGGUCGUCAAGGGCCCGGAGAAGCUAACGACGGCCAGCGGGCAUGCGGUGGAGGGCGGUGCACAGCACAAGGAUGCGCUUGAGGUGCCGCACUCGUCCGACCGGACAGGUGCGUCCGGUUCGGCGGCAAAACGAUUCUCCUCCCCGCAGGAGCUCACGUUCGAGGAGAAGCUAGAAUCGAACGACGCGUCGCUGGAUGAGAAGAUCCGCGCGCUGCAGGAAAUCAACGAUCGGUACAUCAACGAAAACCGCAACCUGGUGGAGCAGACGUACGAGGUCUCGAAGAAGGUGGAGAAAAUUAAGAUCAAGAAGCCACCGCGACCUUCCAAGCAGACGGUGGCAGGGACGGCCCAGCAGCAGCAGCAUACGUCCGCCGCCGCCGCCGCCGCGCCCAGGAAAUCGCUCGAAAAUGAAGUACAAAAUAAUGAUCUCAGCGGCAGGACGAUCGCAGGAGGCUCGGUGAAGUCACCACCCGCACCAGACGCUGCCGGGCGUGUGCGCAACAUUUCGCACGUAAACAUCAACGUCAGCUCGGACGCCAUCCCGGAGGAGGAGGAAGCGCACGAGGGAAGUGUGCGGGGCGGCAGCAGUAGUUGCAGGCUGGCGGAGGACACGGCGGACGAUAAGUCGUUCUACAGCAUCAGCACGUUCACGAUCGAGAGCAACACACUGACGAACAACGCGGGCCAUCAGAACAACAUGACUGCAUCGUCGAAGAAGUCGUUCCGCAGCAGUUUCAGCACGGCAACCACCAGCACGAGCAAGACGGCGACCAAUGAGCUGCCCACGCUGGUGACGAUCCGGACGUACUGCGAGCCGAAUGCGCUGAUGCAGUCCACGACCCAUGUCAACGAGCGGUAUCUGGAGACGAGCUUCGAUACCUGCCCGGACGAGGCGACGCUCAGCCGGGAGCUGCACCAUCGGCCGCAGGUAGUGAGGGUGGUAAAGGACACGCCAGUGCCGGCUGGUGGUGGUCCCACGCCCACCAACGGGACGAAUCGUAGCGAUCGUACGCGGAGUCCUUCGCGCAUACCCCGCAUCAACACGCAAACGUUCAAAAUGAUACGCAGCAAGUCGAGGGACGGCAUCGUGAUCCGCAUCCCGGCAAUGGAUGGUCAGGGCGGGGAGGUGGAUGGGAUCGAAUGCGCGGGAUCUAAGUCGGACAGCGGUGGCGGCGGGCUUAAGGAGCCGGAAGAUAAUCUGAACCGGCAGCUAAGCAACGAUUCGGCGCUCGAUCUGAUCGACGUCGAUAUUAAGGUGGACGAGAAGGAUCUGCGGCACAGCAGUGGGGCCGGUGGCUCGACGCAAAAUCUAAACGGCGCGCUGACCGACGGCGGCGGUGGUACGGUGGAGCUAAAGAACCAAAAGAACAAGUACCGGAAGAAGGCGAAAAAGACAUCGGCAGGCAAAACGGGCACGCUGGAUGUGGAGGACGCGAACCAUACGUUCCAGAGCCACGACAACUUUGAGCUGCAGCGAACGCCGAAGGGUGGUGAUGCGAACGGCGGACCCUUGGAGCCGAAGUUUAUCUUCCCGAGCAAGUACUUCGAGGAGGAGAACAACAUCUUCUACGACCAGACGGUGUACGACGAGGCGGAGCUGCCGUCGCCGGAGAACAGCAUCCCGUACGCGCUGCGCAUCAAGGAGAACCCGUUCACGAAGAACAAAGAGUUCUACUCGAUCAACACGGGCCGGAUUUGGAAGCAGCUCAAUCUCGGGCAGCAGGAGGAAGACUCCAUCCUGUCGAACGCCGGACCACGCCUGGUCCCGCCGCCGAAGGUUAAGAACGAAUCGUUCAAAUCAAUGUCCUCGCGGGAUUCGGGCUUCAGCUUGACGCUUACCAAGCCGAAGAAUCUGUUCCGCCGAAAGUCCAAGAAGGCGACGCUGCUCCAACGCCGCAAACCGCCCAAGCUGGCCGUCAGCCGGGACGGGUACUUCAAGCGCGUGAUGGUGGUGCAGCGCAACUCGUCCAAGCGGAAGAAAUCGAUGCGCAAGCAGCGCGUCGCCGGGAAGGACAUUUUCCGCGAGCUGUACGACGAAAACUGGAGCAAGCUGGGCGAUGACUGCAAUGGCGGUGAGCUGGCAGCAGCAGCUGCUGCUGCCGCGGGUCCGCUCGAACCGGAGGCGCCCGAUUUUGCGCGGGACUUUGAAAACUUUUGCAACGAUCGCCGGUACAACCAGGAAAUCCACGACCUGGAAGCGUUCUACGAGGAGCAUCUGAAGCGCUUGCGCCACUACUACAUCCAGAAGAAGAAGAUGAACGAGGCGGCGAUUAAGGAGUUCUAUCGGGAUUAUGGGGCCGGUCGGGCCGCUAUUCUUGGGACGCAUGGUACAGCGGACGGGGCGGCGGUAGGAGCAACAGGAACGUCAACGCUUAAGGCGGAGGACCAGGACGAAGAGAACGACUACUACGACACGUUCAUAGUGACGAAGAAUGAAACGAUUCGCUUCAAGAACAGUGCCCUGCAGCAGCGGUACUUUCAGCAGACCGAUGCCGGGCUGGAGUUUGUGUUUCCCCAUCCGGACAAGCGCAAAAGUAGUACGGGCGGAACGACGGGCUCCACCGGACAGGGGAAAUCAGCGAAGGGAGGUAAAUCCGGGUCCGGCAGUGCCCACUCGACGACGACCGCUGGUGGUCGGAAGCAACUGUUUCACGAAGUUCGCCCAUUCGGAAGCCCUCUGGAAUCACUGAUGAAUGUUGGCGGUGGGUCGCACUAUACUGAGGAAGAGUUCCUGCGGGAUGACGCGAACCUGUCCGCGAAGCGCCCUAACCAAACGUCCGUAAGUGUCGCCCGGUACAAGGAGCCGGCGGCGGCGGCAUCUUCCGCCUUCGUGUACAAACGGUCCAUUUCGGCACCGUUCGGCGAUUCAAACUUCCAGCUCGCGACGGCAGCACCGCCCGGAGAGGACCUGAAGCGCAUCCGGUCGGCCGGUGCGAUCCAGAACGAAAUCUCACUGGCCAGCAUCUUCCCGUCGGUGAACGGCGACAAAGCGUUGAGGCAUCGGUACAUGGGCAAAAACAACGACGGAGAGGAUAACGAUGAAGAGUUGGACCAGGAUGAUGACGACGAGGACGAUGAGGAGGAGGACGAUGAAGAGUUUAGUGAGAAUGAGUUCCUGAUCAACAGCCUCGGUGACAAUCUGUACUGUGUGCGGUGUGACAAGGUGAACAGUGACUGUGAGUGCUUCGAAGAGGCCGGCACGGGCAGUCCACCGAAGCGCAAGGACUCGCAGGGUCGGCUGAGCCGCGCCCGUUUGUUGAAGGUUGGUGGCGCCAAGCGUGUGUUCGAUCGAAACGGUGAUGAGGUAGUGCUAGUUGGUGAGCAGGGCGAUGAAAAGCGCGCUGGAGAGAAGGAUGAAGAUGAAGAGGACGACGAGGAUGAGGAGGAAGAGGUGGACGAAAACGAUGAGAACUACUGUGAUGUGUUUGAUUUUAACGAUAUCAACAUCAUACACGUGAACCACAAGAAGAAAGUGAAGCGAAAAAAGUCCAAAAAGCGUACCGUGCGGAAAAACCACUCGACGUUGCGGCGUGGCAGCUACUGGGGCGACAUUACCCAAAAAGGAUACGAAAAGAAGCGAACAAGACUCUUGCAGCCAUAUUUGUCCAAAAAUGUGCAGCACGGCGGUGGUGGUGGAGGUGGCGGAGGCGCCGGAAGUAAUCCCGGAUACGUCAACGACAUCCAGUCGCAUCUGCAUCAUCCAGCCUCGCAGCAGAAGCAGAACAUCUUUGCCUCCUCGGGAGGCAGUGGUGGUGGUGGUGGUGGUAGUAGAGAUAGAAAUGAUCGUUCCAGCAGUGGUAGUGGUGGCGGUGGUGGGCAUCAUCAUUCCUCGUCGCAUCAGCAACAGCGGGAGCAGCAGCAGCAGCAGCAGCUACAGCAAAACCGCACGCGUCGCAGUACGCAACGUAAAGUAACGCACAACGAGAAGCGCUAUCACUCAGCAACGGGACGGCCCGAUGUGCUGCAGCCGGAAGAGCUGCUCCAGCAGCGGCCACCAAUCACGGCACCCGCGUCCGGCAUUCCGGUGCACCAGCAGCAGUAUUUGCUGCGCCAGCGACAACACGCGCUGCUCUCCACAACCACCUCAUCCGGCUCCACCUCCUCCGGGGGUGGUGGUGGUCGGGAGCUGCCGCUGCUGCUGGGCCCAGACAAGGAGCAGCAACGCUGCGCGCCAACCGCUACCAGUGUGCCAUCGUUGGGUGGCGCCCAACAGCCUCCACCCGGCCUGUACUCGACGGCGCUGGUAGCGGCGGCCGCCGAUGCACUGUUCAAAGCGAUGCGCAUCUCCCCGCAGCCGCCGGUGGAGCAGCCGGCUGUGAUAAUGCGCCCAAAGGUGUACACGGAACCGGUAGCAACGGUCCUUCAGCAGCAGCAGCAGCAGCAGCCGCAGCACGCCGAGCUGGAUCGGACAAGUAAUAAUCCUGCCGCUGCCACCGCCGCCGCCGGUGGUGGGGCGGCCGAUGGCAAGAAUAGUAGAAAUAAUAGAAGAAUUGGACGGCACGAGAGUCGCUACACCAGUGAGGUACGCCAGGAAGCGGUACAGCAAGCGCUAGCUGCACUAAAAAAUCGCCCCAAACCUAGCUUGCCAAUGCCAUCCAAACGGAGCUCGGUGCUUAACCGCAGCCCCGAGCGCGAUCAUGACGAUUCAGACUCCAGUACGGAAGACGAAUCCAUACCGGAGGAAGGUAUGCUGGGAGGAAGAAUAUCGACGCCGGACCGGGACAACUACAAUCUGCCCCGUGAUCACAUACUCACGCGGGAACCGAUGAAGCUGCCCUCGGCCCGGGACCACCAUCACCAUCAUCAUUCGCAACCCCAGCCACUGCCCCAGCCGCCGCAGCAGAAGCAAUCGUCUCAGCACGGUUCUGGCGCGCAGCCACCAACCCACCGACCGCCGCAAACGAUCCCAACACAACCGGUGAGCGUGCAGCAGCAGCAGCAGCAGCAGCACGCAACACUGUCGGACACAUCGAGCGCCGGUUCGCCGCCGGCCGUGCACCGCUCAAACCACCACCACCAGUACCACCAGAGCAAACCGUCGAGCUACGACAUUACCGAGCUGAACGAUUUCCAGCUCAGCAGCAGCCAGCAGCAGCGCACGACACCGUACGCCGCGCCGGACAUUACGCAGUUCAGCGCGAACACGCGGCGCGGCGCCGACCGGGUGACGCGCUACGUCAACCUGGCGAACCAGGAGCCGGGCGACACGAGCACGGCCGGCCGGUGGAAGGUGUCGGCCAAGAUACAGCAGCUGCUGAACACGCUCAAGCGGCCGAAGCGGCGCCCGCUGCCGGAGUUCUACGAGGACAACGACAUCGAGCUGGAGAUAGCGGCCAACCCGAAGGAUCCGAACGCGCCGAAACCGGAGGGCAGCGUGAUGACGCCGGUGCACGGCGAGCAGCUGAUCGUGCCGUCCGGGUUGCCGCGCACGCUCGAGGCCGCCCUGCAGCGGUACGGUACGAGCUCGUUCAAGGCGCCGAUGGCGACCGUGCUCGAUCCGAACGGCAAGAUGACGACCACGCUCACGUACGGCAAGCUGCUGUCGCGGGCGCAAAAGAUUGCGUACGCUCUCUCGACCAAGGUGUUCAGCAAGGGGCCGGAGCAGGUGGCGCUCAAGCCGGGCGACCGAGUCGCGCUCGUCUACCCCAACAGUGACCCACUGAACUUCCUGACCGCCUGGUACGGCUGCAUGUUCCGUGGGCUUGUGCCGCUCCCGAUCGAGCUGCCCCUGUCGAGUUCGGAUUCGCCACCGCAGCAGGUUGGCUUUCUGCUCAGCUCGUGCGGCGUGCACGUGGCGCUCACGUCGGAGGCGUGCCUGAAGGGGCUGCCGAAAUCAUCCACCGGCGAGGUGGCCAAGCUGAAGGGCUGGCCCCGGCUGCACUGGUUCGUGACGGAGCACCUGCCGAAGGUGCCGAAAGACUUCAACACCAACAACAACCGCAUCAGCGAAGACUCGAGCGCGUACAUCGAGUACACGACGGACAAGGAGGGUAGCGUUAUGGGCGUUACCGUAACGCGCCAGGCCAUGAUUAACCACUGCCGGGCGCUCACGAUGGCCUGCCACUACACGGAGGGUGAAACGAUCGUGUGUGUGCUGGAUUUCAAGCGCGAGGUUGGCCUCUGGCACAGCAUUCUCACGUCCGUGCUGAACGGGAUGCACGUGCUGUUCAUCCCGUACGCGCUGAUGAAGCUGCGCCCGUCCUCGUGGAUGCAGCUGAUCACCAAGUACCGGGCGUCCUGCUGUCUGGUGAAGAGCCGUGACCUCCACUGGGGUCUGCUGGCGACGAAAGACCACAAGGAGAUUUCGCUGUCCUCGCUGCGCAUGCUGCUGGUGGCGGACGGUGCCAACCCGUGGUCCCUGUCCAGCUGCGACCAGUUCCUGAGCGUGUUCCAGUCGAAGGGGCUGCGCCCGGAUGCGAUCUGUCCGUGCGCCAGCAGCUCGGAAGUGUUUACCGUGUCGCUGCGACGGCCGGGCCGAUCGGCGGCCGGCGGGUACAAUCAGUCGGCCACGGGACGGGGCGUUCUGUCGAUGUCCGCCUUGUCGCACGGUGUGGUACGGGUCGAUAGUGAAGAUUCGCUCACGUCGCUUACGCUGCAGGACUGUGGUCAGGUUAUGCCGAGUGCUACAAUGGUUGUGGUCAGCGCCGAUGGUCCACCAGUGCUGUGCAAAACGGAUCAAGUUGGCGAGAUUUGCGUCACGUCUGGUUCGAGCGGUACGGCCUACUAUGGUUUGGAAGGAAUGACAAAUUCUUCCUUCAAGGUUCAGCCACUGCUGGAAGCGCCCACCACCAAGGACGGCGAAACGAUCCCGGGCAAACCGAUCGGCGACGAGGUGUACGUGCGCAGCGGUUUGCUCGGCUUUCUCGGCCCGGGCGGGCUCGUGUUUGUCUGUGGCUCGCGCGACGGCCUGAUGACGGUGACGGGGCGCAAGCACAACUCGGACGACAUCAUCGCGACGGUGCUGGCCGUCGAGCCGAUGCGCUUCAUCUACCGCGGCCGGAUCGCGGUGUUCAGCAUCAAGGUGCUGCGCGACGAGCGCGUGUGCGUGAUUGCGGAGCAGCGGCCCGACUGCUCGGAGGAAGAAUCGUUCCAGUGGAUGUCGCGGGUGCUGCAGGCGGUCGAUUCGAUCCACCAGGUCGGCAUCUACUGUCUGGCGCUGGUGCCGCCGAACCAUCUGCCCAAGACGCCGCUCGGCGGCAUCCAUCUGACCGAGGCGCGGCGCCGCUUCCUCGAGGGUUCGCUUCACCCGGCGAAUGUGCUCAUGUGCCCGCACACGUGCGUCACCAAUCUUCCAAAACCACGCGAAAUUCACCACGGCUCUAUCCAACAACUUCAAAUUUCCGGAACGUCAUCCUCAUCGUCCGCCACGAACCUUGGCGGUGUGGCUGGAAUCGGCACCGGCACCGGUACGGGCACCACCGGUACAGAUGCCUCCGUUGGCCCUGCUUCGGUAAUGGUCGGCAAUCUGGUGCAGGGCAAUCGGCUUGCCUCUGCCCAGGGCCGCGAUAUCGGUUUGGCCGACGAUAACGAACGUAAGCAUCAGCUAAUUACGGGUGUGCUGCGAUGGCGCGCAAACUCAUCGCCCGAUCACGUCCUGUACACGUUGCUCAAUGCGAAGGGUGCGGUCGCGAAAACGCUCACCUGCUCAGAGCUGCACAAGCGGGCGGAAAAGAUAGCCGCCCUGCUGCAGGAGCGGGGCAAGGUGAACCCGGGCGAUCACGUCGCGCUCAUCUUCCCGCCCGGGCUCGAUCUGAUCUGCGCGUUCUACGGGUGUUUGUAUUUGGGCGCCGUGCCAGUCACCAUACGGCCGCCGCACCCGCAGAAUCUCAUCACCACGCUGCCGACCGUGCGCAUGAUCGUGGACGUGUCGAAGAGCGGCAUCAUCCUGUCGAUCCAGAGCAUCAUCAAGCUGCUGAAAUCGCGCGAGGCGGCCACCUCGAUCGAUCCGAAGAGCUGGCCGACCAUCCUGGACAUCGAGGACAACCCGAAACGGAAGCUGGCCGCCAUCGCCAACAGUACGCUGGAUUCGACGGCCUAUCUUGACUUCAGUGUGUCCACCUGUGGCCGGCUGAGUGGCGUUAUCAUCACGCAUCGAUCCCUGUCGAGUCUCUGUGCCAGCCUGAAGCUUGCCUGCGAGCUGUACCCUAGUCGCCAUGUAGCACUCUGUCUUGAUCCGUACUGUGGCCUUGGCUUCUCCAUGUGGACGCUGAUCAGCGUGUACAGUGGUCACCACUCGAUACUGAUCGCACCGUACGAGGUGGAAGCCAAUCCUAGUCUCUGGCUGAGCACGCUGUCCCAGUACCGGGUGCGCGAUACGUUCUGCUCGUACGGCGUGAUCGAGCUGUGCACGAAGGCGCUCAGCAACUCGAUCCAGGCGCUGAAGCAGCGCAACAUCAACCUUGGCUGCGUGCGGACGUGCGUGGUCGUGGCGGAGGAGCGACCGCGCGUCCAGCUGACGCAGCAGUUCUGCAAGCUGUUCCAGGCGCUCGGGCUGAACACGCGCUGCGUCUCGACCUCGUUCGGGUGCCGGGUCAAUCCGGCCAUCUGCGUGCAGGGUGCCAGCUCGGCCGAGAGUGCGCAGGUGUACGUGGAUCUGCGGGCGCUGCGCAACAACCGGGUGGCGCUGGUCGAGCGCGGUGCACCGAACUCGCUCUGCCUGGUCGAGUCGGGCAAGCUGCUGCCGGGCGUGAAGGUGAUCAUCGCCAACCCGGACUCGAAGGGCCAGUGUGGCGAUUCGCAUCUCGGGGAGAUUUGGGUCCAAUCGCCGCACAACUCGAACGGCUACUUUACGAUCUACGGCGACGAAACGGACUAUAACGACCAUUUCAACGCCAAGCUGGUGACGGGCUGCUCGACCAACGAUACGUGGGCCCGCACCGGCUACCUCGGGUUCCUGCGGCGCACCGAGUGCUCCCAGGCCGGCUCGAUACUGGACGAAACCACACCGAGCAUAGCUAGUCGCGAUUCGGAUACCGAAUCAAUCCAUUCCCAGGGUCACAACACGCUCAACUCAACGACAAGCUCCAACGCGGGCGGCAAUACAGUGGCCACGGCUGGUGGGGUGGCGGGCAACGAGCAGGAGCUGCACGAUGCCGUCUACGUGGUCGGUGCGCUCGACGAGGUGAUUACGCUGCGCGGCAUGAACUACCAUCCGAUCGACAUUGAGAAUUCGGUGCUGCGCUGCCACAAGAAGAUUGCCGAGUGUGCCGUCUUCACCUGGACCAACCUGCUGGUCGUGGUGGUCGAGCUGGAUGGCAACGAGUCGGAAGCGCUCGAUCUGGUACCGCUCGUGACGAACACCGUGCUCGAGGAGCAUCAGCUGAUUGUGGGUGUCGUCGUUGUCGUCGAUCCCGGCGUUGUACCGAUCAACAGCCGCGGUGAGAAGCAGCGGAUGCAUCUGCGCGAUGGUUUCCUCGCCGAUCAGCUCGACCCGAUCUACGUUGCGUACAACAUGUAAGCGCUGCGCUGGCCCGUGAAGAGCCGCCGCGGGACGUUGUUGCAGAUUGAAAAAUGGAAGCAAAACGUAUGUGGUUGUGUGGUGUGUCAGUGCAAUCAAUGCAGAAUGCAGAAAGCAAAAGAAAAAACCAAACUGCCUCGGACGACGGGCUGCCACCACCGCCACCACCACCACCACCAACCAAGUGCGAGUAAAGCCGUGCUGGAAUGUAUACAAUACAGUGUGUCGUGUUCAGGGACAAUUUCUUUGCGGUACGAUCUAUAUAUAUACAUACAUAUAUAUAUUGAGCGCUUUUGCUAGGCGAUGAUAGGUGGCGUGGUGCCUCCAAUAAAUUAUAAAACACGUAACGGCAACAGAAGCACAAUAGCAGAGAAGCACAGCAAAAAAAAACGUCAUAUUUGCUCACAAUUAAUAUACAAGUCGAUUUAGCGCAGUGAGCAGUGAGAAAGAUGAAAAACGGAGCGCUUAGAGAGUAGUAGUAGCCUGCCUGCGCAGAUGAAGAAAUAGUAAUCUUGUUUAGUAAUCAAAUGAUUCAAGGACGCGCGCGCGCGCCUAUAAUCGAUAAAAGCGCCACACUGUCUUCAGUUGAUUGCAAUGAAGCAAGCUAGAGACACGCACCUUCCUCCCCCCAACCCUAUUCAAUCGAUUACUGCCAACAAGGGGGGGACUGCUCUACUCUCGAGCCCGAUGGUAGAGUGUUUAGUGUGCGCGAGGCGCAUCGUAGUAGCUCGGUACGAGAAGCAUGCAAGCAGCAAACGAAAUGUACAGUUUCGCUAAUGCAACAAUGCACACAGGAGCGAGCGUAGUGUAGUAGGCACUGGGCGACUCAUGUACCACAGCAGGCAGCACUGUUAUGUUUUCAUCUCCCCCCCUUUUCCCAGUUUUGCCAACACCGCGCCGCUCCUUCUUCUUCACAGCCAUUCACAGUCUCGUAGUGUUGUGUAGUUAAUUUUCUUCUAGUACGAAAUAUCUACCGUAAUGUUGUUUGUGAUUAUGAAAAGAGAAAGAAAGGGAAAGAGAGAGAGAGAGAGAGAGAGAGAGAAAGUACAUCGUGUGAUUGGUUUUACGUCUGUCCUCUGUCCCUGUGUAAGGUGAAAUGUAGCAGUAAUCGUGUUGGAAUAAUUAUUACGAAUCGUAUGAAAAUGUAAUCGGCAAUCGGAAACGCAUAGUAAGGUUUUGACGCUUUCGUGUCCAUUCUUCUGUACAUACCACCAUUUAUAAGCAUUAAUGA